AUGGCGGCUUCUAUUCAGCUUAAUGUCCGCUCCAUCAAAGCUCCGUUCAACCUGACACCCGUUCACAAACAGUGGCCGAAACCGAGCAGGAUCAGUUGCGCCGCCGCGGCCGCCACACCAACCAAACGCUACAGCAUCACUCUCCUCCCCGGCGAUGGUAUCGGCCCUGAAAUCAUCUUCGUUACCAAAAACGUCCUCAAACUCGCUGGCUCUCUCGAAGGGAUUGAAUUUAGCUUCCAAGAGAUGCCAAUGGGUGGAGCUGCUUUGGAUUUGACUGGUGUUCCACUGCCAGAGGAAACCCUUUCAGCAGCUAAAAAAGCUGAUGCCAUUCUCCUGGGAGCCAUUGGAGGGUAUAAGUGGGAUAAAAAUGAAAAACACUUGAAGCCUGAGACCGGUCUUCUUCAGCUUAGAGAAGGGCUUAAAGUCUUUGCAAAUUUGAGGCCAGCUACUGUUUUACCACAGUUAGUGGACUCUUCAACUUUGAAGAAAGAUGUUGCUGAAGGUGUUGACUUAAUGGUUGUAAGGGAGCUUACUGGAGGUAUUUAUUUUGGGAAACCAAGGGGAUUUGGUAUUAAUGAAAAGGGUGAGGAUAUUGGCUUCAAUACUGAGGUGUAUGCUACUCAUGAGAUUGAUCGUAUUGCUCGUGUUGCAUUUGAGAUUGCUCGGAAGCGGCGUGGACAACUCUGUUCUGUUGACAAAGCUAAUGUUUUGGAGGCAUCAAUGUUAUGGAGGAAAAGAGUUGCAGCGAUAGCUUCUGAAUAUCCUGAUGUUGAGCUUUCACACAUGUAUGUUGACAAUGCAGCAAUGCAGCUUGUUCGUUACCCAAAACAGUUCGACACAAUUGUGACCAACAACAUAUUCGGUGAUAUUUUGUCCGAUGAGGCAUCAAUGAUCACUGGAAGCAUUGGGAUGCUUCCAUCUGCUAGUCUUGGUGAAUCAGGACCUGGACUUUUUGAACCUAUACAUGGUUCUGCUCCUGAUAUCGCCGGACAGGACAAGGCAAACCCACUUGCAACAAUUCUUAGUGCUGCAAUGCUUUUGAAGUAUGGCCUGGGAGAAGAGAAUGCUGCAAAGAGAAUUGAGAAUGCAGUUCUGGAUACUCUUAAUAAGGGUUUCCGGACGGGCGAUAUACAUUCAGCUGGAAAUAAACUAGUGGGCUGCAAGGAGAUGGGUGAGGAGGUUCUCAAAUCAGUUGACUCCCCAAUUCUUGCUGCCAUCUGAGUCAAAAUACAGCUGGAGUACCAAUUCAGGAGGCCUCCAUGUGGUUAACCCUUUUUCUUCAUUUUCUUUUUGUGACUUUAAAAUUUUAGUAGACUCUGCACAGUGAAAAAAGGGGAGACUUUGUUGUAUUGAAGACAGAACUCCAUUAAUCUAUCUCAGGAUAAAUAACCCAAGAUUUUGGAUGCUCUUAGGAGAUAUGAAAUCACAAUUUCAUUUUUUUUU